AUGGAACAUCAAUCCGUAAGUAUUGAUGGUGAAAAAUCAGAUUUAUCUUCUAAUAUUGGUGGUGGAACAGUAAAAAAUCGUCCACCAAAAGAACGAAUGAAAAUAUGUCGAUCGAUAACCAUUCAAGAUUCCGAGAAUAGGACAUCAUUCGAACGACAUCAAGAUGACAUGAUAGUUACUCCAUUUGCUCAAAUAUUAGCUAGUCUUAAAAAUGUUAGAAAAAAUUUUGUCGAAUUAACGAAAAUACCACCAGAGAGAUCUAAACGUGCAACUCAAUCUUCCAUACAAUUAGCAUCAAAUAUAAAUGUAAAUUCAAAUAAUUCUUUGACAAAAACGACUACCGCACCAAUAACAACGGCUCAACAAAAUAAUUCUUCAACAAUAAUACAAGGAGAUGAUCAAACAAUGAUAUCUGCCAUAUCGACCCUAGAAGAAUUAGAUUGGUGUUUAGAUCAAUUGGAAACAAUGCAAACACAUAAAUCUGUUUCAGAUUUAGCAUCUCUAAAAUUCAAACGGAUGUUAAAUAAAGAAUUAUCGCAUUUUGCUGAAAAUAAUAAAUCUGGACCACAAAUAUCAGAAUAUUUAUACACAACAUAUACAGAUAAGAAAGAGCCUGAUGUUGAAUUACCAACUGGACCUCCGUCAUCUGGUCAACAUGACUCAUUAACUACUCAAGCUGUUGCCUCUUCUCCACAACAAGCUCAAACCACUACUACAACCACAACCGUUUGUUCAUCAUCAUAUCAAGAUAAUGAUUCAUCCCAUAAUAUAAUGAGACAAAUUCAAGGUAUUCAAGUUGUCAAACAAACCAUUGUUCCUGUCAAUGUACCAGAAUUAGGAGUUGAAACUCAAUAUCCUCAAGAAUUAGCCGAUGUUCUAUCACGUAUUAAUGAUUGGGGUUUAGAUACAUUUAAAGUCGAAGAAUUAAGUGAUCAACGUCCGCUAACAGCUAUUACAUAUCGAAUAUUUCAAGAACGAGAAUUAUGUCGAAUUUAUUCGAUUGAACAAUCGACGUUACUUAAAUAUUUAUUAACACUUGAGGAUCACUAUCAACAAGUACCAUAUCAUAAUAAAGCACAUGGAGCAGAUGUUUGUCAAUCAAUGCAUGUACUAUUGAAUGCCAGUGCACUAGACGGUGUGUUUACUGAAUUAGAAAUAAUGUCUGCUAUAUUCGCUUCGGCUGUGCAUGAUGUCGAUCAUCCUGGUGUUACAAAUCAGUUUCUAAUCAAUACGAAUUCAGAUUUAGCCAUUAUGUACAACGAUGAAUCAGUAUUAGAGAAUCAUCAUUUAGCCGUAGCAUUUAAACUGCUACAAAGUCAAGAACGGAAUAUAUUUUCGAAUUUGACCACAAAACAAAUGAAAACCCUUAGAAAAAUGGUAAUUGAUAUGGUGCUUGCUACGGACAUGUCCAAACAUAUGCAAUUAUUAGCCGAUUUAAAGACAAUGGUAGAAUCAAAAAAAGUCACUGGAAAUAAUAUUAUUAUGUUGGAAACAUACGAUGAUAGAAUACAAGUUUUACAAAAUAUGAUUCAUUGUGCCGAUUUAUCAAAUCCCACGAAACCAUUAGAUAUCUAUACGAGAUGGACAGAUCGUAUUAUGGAAGAAUUUUGGAGGCAAGGAGAUAAAGAAAGAGAUUUAAGAUUAGAAAUUAGUCCAAUGUGUGAUAGACGAGUGGCUAGUGUAGAAAAAUCACAAAUUGGUUUUAUUGAAUUUAUUGUUCAUCCGUUAUGGGAAACAUGGGCUGAUCUUGUUUAUCCUGAUGCAAAUAAUAUUUUAGAAACAUUAGAACAAAAUCGAGACUGGUAUCAGUCACAUAUUGGACAAGAAAAUGGAGCAUUAUCUUCUACGUCGACCACGCAUGAUCCACUGUUGAAUACAGAUUCGAUUCAAGCGACAAAUACAUACACAUCGACGGCACCUACCGAUCUUACACUAACAGAUACAAUUCUAGAGUCACCAUCGAUCGGCGAUAAUUCUACGUCUUAUCCAUCGUCUAAUAAAUUAACUCCGACAAGUCAACAUCGUUCACUAUCGAAAUCUUCUAUAUCUACGAAUGAUCAACAAGGAUUUCAAAUGACUGUCACUCCGCCACCUCCUAGAACAGCAGUUUUACAUUCGACAAAUGAAGCUAGUUUGCGGUGA